AUGGGACGUGCCCAGCUGAACGGGUGCAGACAUGAGACGGGCCCAGCUGAUGGAGCGGGUGCAGCUGUUCAGCGCCAGGCAGACCCGCGUGUGGCCAAGGGCUCCGGCCUUCACACUGCAGAAGUGUUGCUGGAACAACUGCUUAAACAGCCAUCGACUGCCAAGCUUGGGUUGCUGAAUAUUCGAUCCCUUACUUCAAAAUCUCUUAUAGUUAAUGAUAUGAUUUCAGAUAAUAAUCUAGAUGUGCUGUGUUUGACAGAAACCUGGCUAAAACCAAACGAUUACAUUAUUUUAAAUGAGUCAACCCCACAAGAUUACAGUUAUAAACAUGAACCUCGUCUGAAAGGCAAAGGGGGAGGUGUUGCUGUAAUUUAUAGUAAUAUUUUCAAAACCACUAAGAAAUGUAGCUUUAAAUAUACUUCUUUUGAAGUAUUGGUGCUUAAUGUAAAAAUAUAUAGUGUAAACGAUAAAUCACAUUUGAGAAUUCUGCUGGCUACUGUAUACAGGCCACCAGGGCACCAUAAAGAUUUUAUCAAAGAAUUUGCGGACUUUCUAUCAGAUUUAGUAUUGGCUGCAGAUAAAGUACUAAUUGUUGGUGAUUUUAAUAUACAUGUAGAUAAUGAAAAAGAUGCAUUGGGAUUGGCAUUUAAAGAUAUUGUAAACUCAAUUGGAGUUAAACACGUGUCGGGACCUACUCAUUGUCGUAAUCAUACUCUAGAUCUAAUAUUAUCACAUGGAAUAGAUGUUGAUGCUGUUGAAAUUCUGCAGCAGAGCGAUGACAUCUCAGAUCAUUAUCUAGUCUCAUGUAAAUUACAUUUAGCCAAGGCUGCAAAGCCGACUCCGUGUUAUAAAUACGUUAGACCUAUAACUUCUGCCACUAAAGAUUGCUUUAUCAAUAAUCUUCCUAAUUAGUUUCAUCAUCUCAGCAUCCCGGAUAGCUUAGAAGAACUCGAUAUUGCAACAGAAACGUUUAACUCUCUCUUUUCCAGCACUUUAGACGCAGUUGCUCCGUUGCGCUUAAAGAAGAUUAAAGAAAAUAGUCCAACGCUGUGGUACAACGAGCACACACACACACACACACACACACACAGGCCCUUAAGAGAGCAGCCAGAAAAAUGGAGCGCAAC